AUGAGUUUCAUGCCCAUCAACCCAAGACCCAUGAUCCAAGGCUUGGUCAACAAGGACAUCGUGGUGCGGCUCAAGUGGGGCGAAACCGAGUAUCGCGGUCGCCUCGUCAGCUCCGACAGCUAUAUGAACAUCCAGCUCACCAACGCCCAGGAGUUCAUCGACCAGAAGUUCACAAGCGACCUCGGUCAGAUCCUAAUCCGGUGUAACAAUGUAUUAUGGAUCAAAGCUGCGAACCAGGGCGAGAACGAGGAUGUCAAGAUGGGCGGAUAA